UUUCAGAUUGCAAUUUCCAUCCUUGUGCUCUACCUACCUCCAUCUCUGGCCCUGAUGAGCACCAAUGACAGCCACCUUCUGGAUGGAUCUGUUGGGACCCAAGUCAUCCAUGUCAAUGCCUUCCGAGGUACGGUCAGCAUCCGAGACAACAAUGUUUUGAGUGAAUGGGAUGGAAUCUUGGACUACAAGAAUGCCCUCUUGGCAGCUAAGCUAUUUAGCAAGAUGGUCUGUGUCCUGGUCAAGAUAGACCAAGCAGUCUUCCCAAGUCUGGAUAACAUUAACAAGGCACUAGUCAAGCAGGCUUCCACCCAUUACCCCUCCACCCACGGUCUGACCUACACUGUUUUACCCGACCGGGUUAAGAACCUAGCACAGUUCGGGACGCACAUCGAGGAUCUGUGCAGAGCCUUCCCCACCUACUUCGCCCAGCAGCGAAAAGAAGGUACUUCCCUGGCAAUUGACCCUAAUUCGUGUUCUGAAGUCCAACUUCUGACCUUCUUGGGACUGUCCAUCUGUGGUGAGAUCCCUGGGCUCUGA